UAUUUUGUGGCAAAGUUGUGGGUAAACGCUGCAGCCACAAGCCCCGCUGGAGAGUAUUCUCAGGGCAAACGGGAAAGUGGGUAAGAAAAUGGCACAGAAACUAGACCUGGAAGAAAUUGCCAGCUUGGAUAAGGCCAAACUGAAGGCCACAGAGAUGCAGAAGGACACUCUGAUGACCAAAGAGACCACAGAGCAGGAGAAGUGGAGUGAAAUUUCCUGAGAGCCUCGAGGAUUCUCUAUGACUGUCAUCUGUGAGCCCCGACUUGAGAUGUGGAGGAACAGCCACCUGCAAGAUGGACA